CCCAUAGAUUUGAGCUGAGAGCCUGAGAGCCUGAGAGCGAAAUCAUCGCGGAAAACUCGAGAAUUGAAUGGCCGGCGGUAGAGAAGGCAGCGAAAGUGAGCCGGUCGGCGAUAUUUAUUAGCUUCGCGUCGGCGAAUAAGAGAUUGUAGCAGAGACGACGUUCUUAGAAGGACAAAGCGAGCUUUUGCAGAAACCAAUCUACCGACAUCGCAGAACCAGGGCGUUCUCUUCCGCAUUUUAAGGUUCUUGGGACAUUUCGUCGAGCGCCUUGUAGGUGGAAGAAAGGAUGGGGAAAAUUGGGAUGAGAGAGAAGGAAUCAGGUUGCCGCAUCGUCCAGAUGCGGAAUCGAGAAGUCGGGGCCUUGGCUCCGCGGUCGUUCUUCCAUCGUGCCUCCGCUUCUUUGGAUCUUGUUUUCCGCCUUGGAAUCCAUAGGAAGUUGGACAAACAUAGAGGUUGUGUAAAUACUGUAAGCUUCAAUGCAAAUGGCAACAUUCUUGUUUCUGGUUCGGAUGAUAGAAUGGUAAUGCUAUGGGACUGGGAAACGGGGCUCGCUAAACUAUCGUUCCACUCAGGUCACAGUAACAAUGUUUUCCAGGCAAAAUUUAUGCCCUACACAGAUGAAAGGACAAUGGUUACAUGUGCUGCUGAUGGGGAGGUUAGAAUGGUACGAUUACAAGAUGGAGGACGUGUUUUCACAAAAAUGCUUGCUCGACAUGAGGGCCGGGCUCAUAAAAUGGCACUUGAGCCUGGAAAUCCUCACAUACUGUAUAGCUGUGGUGAAGAUGGUCUAGUUUAUCAUUUUGAUUUAAGAACCCAGAAUGCAACAAAGCUCUUCAAAUGUAAAAGCUUCAAAGACAAAUGGGAUUAUAUGCCAGUUGUUCACUUAAAUGCUAUUGCAAUUGAUCCAAGGAACCCAAAUUAUUUCGCUAUCGCCGGAUCCGAUGAAUACGCCAGGGUUUAUGAUAUUCGCAAGUGCAGGUGGGAUGGGAAAGGAUGUGGCAAUCCAGCUGACUGCUUCUGUCCUGCACAUUUGAUUGGUGAUGAUCAGGUUGGUAUAACAGGAUUGGCCUUCUCAGAUCAAAGUGAGCUUCUGGCUUCAUACAAUUUUGAGGCGAUAUAUCUUUUCUCCAAGGACCAAGGACUGGGUCCUAAUCCAGAUUUAGCAACCCCAAGGUCUGCCAUGAGUGUUGAUGCAAUCGACAACGCCUUCGAAAACUUAGUUCUUCCAGCUACCGAAGAUCCAAAUGCUGGAGAUGCAGUGCAAGUCUACAAUGGCCAUAGAAACUGUGUAACUGUGAAAGGAGUGGGCUUUUUUGGUCCAAACUGUGAAUAUGUUACUAGUGGAUCUGACUGCGGUCGUGUAUUUAUCUGGAGGAAAAAAGGAGGGGAGCUGUUGCGUGUGAUGGAAGGGGACAAGCAUGUGGUAAAUUGUAUUGAACCUAACCCAUCUGCCACCAUGCUUGCUAGUUGUGGGAUCGAAAAAGACAUUAAGAUAUGGAUACCAAAUGCCAAGGAACCUGCUGUGCCUAUAGAUAUUGACGAGCAGUUCAUGAAGCAAAAUCCAAUCAGAUUCUUCUCAAGGGAUGAUGCUGACUUCGAUAUUGAUUAUUCUGAUGAUGGUGAUGAUGACGAUGAUGACGACGACAACAAUGAUGAUAAUGAUAAUGAUGAUAGUGGUGAUUCUAUAGACUUCCUUGAUGUUGAUGAAUGGAGCGACCAUCAAUUCAGUGAUAAUGAUUGUAAUGAUGAUGGUGAAGAAGAAGAAGAAGAUGAUGAUGAUGGCCAGAAUGCCAUGCUAUAAUUGGCAUCUAUGCCUCUAAAUGAUGCCACAGAGUCUACACAUGCGGUCUAUUGCUGCCAAAUAACACAUUUAUCCAAAGCCAAGCUGCAUUAGGAUCAAUUUCCUCUGGUAAAUGUGGAUUUGAUUUGAGCCUUCUCAUCUAAUUCAGCCUCAACUGUACAUUAUAAAAUAUAGCUGCAAUUUCUUAUGAAGAAGCACUUCUCUGUUACACCUACUGCAGUGUGGUUUUUUUUUUAUGCUUUGGUUUGUAGAGUUCUGUUCAUCUGUGUAGCAUGGGAGCUUGUUAACAAUUUACCUAAUUUGUUUCAGUUUUUUUUGGUAGAUAUGUAAAAGAGAUUAUUAAUAUAGAAUUUGAUAAACAAAUGGUUGAAAUGCAAAAGAAUUUGUCAUA